AUGGAGUACCAAAAGCGGCCCGGUACAUCAGGCAUCUACGGUCAGCUCUAUGAAACUAAACUCCUGGCCCUAAUUCUGUUCAGAUUGCAACACGACCGAACAGUUGAAUACUUUUAUUUAGCAACAAACAUCAACGACGUAGGUGACUUCGAUGACAUCUGUCUCGUCGUGAAGAUAGAAGGAUGUGAUCGACCCGUCGCGGUUUUCAUUCAAGUAAAACACAAAAUAGACGAUAAGGCGGUUAUAAAGAUCGGCAAGAAAGAAAUAGUCAAAUACGUUACCAGUUUCAUAAAAAUUACAAAACGAUUCGCGUCACGGCCACGGGAUGACUUUUUCGAUCCAAAUCUCAAUGAAACAGACUGUAUAUUCAUUCUAUACACUAAUGCUAAAUUAACUAUCACAAAUACAGAAUCUAAAUUUGAAAAUAGUUAUGCCACAGUAUUAAACAAUUUGUUGGCGACAAGCGAUGCAAUUGGUUGUCGGGCGCAAGAAUCGGACCAAGUUGUUGAAGAUUUCGGAGAAUAUUUUCUGAAAAAUGACCUCGCCCUGUUGGCGAAACACUUUGUUGUGUUUUUGGUUGAUAAAGGUAACGAUAGAUCAAUGGACAUUAUGAACGAUAUGUAUGUACAGCAGUAUCACGUCAUCUUGAGGGAAAAAGUUGUUGAUGUCAGCGGCAUUCGAACAGAUGAACAUGAACUGGACUUAAAGUGGCGGACUUUGACAUUUAAACGAGACUUUUUCUCAACUAACGACAAAUACGUAUUGAUUUUCAAGAACCAUUUACUUAAAGAGCUGCUCAAGAAUCAACGCGAAAUACUGUUCCUGAAUUUCCAGAAACCAAUCCUAUCAUUAGAUGAAACCAUAUCACUUUUCUUGAAUGCCCCAUCAGCUGCGACACUAAUGCCUCUUAUCAUAACGUAUAUUAAUUGUAAUGAAGCUGGUGAACUAGAAUUUCUCAUUAAAAGGCCUUCUCAUGAUGUCAAGCUGUUACAGCAAACUAAUAUGUCUCGAAAGGAAAUAGACGAAGCAAUAGUUGCAGCUGAAACGAGUGCGAUGGAAUACUUAUUGUCGUUAAAGCUAAAAGUUCCUGUUACAUUCGGUAAUGUAGAUUUAGCGAUUCGAGGUAGUGACAAGAAAGUAAAUAGGAGGUUGAAGUAUUUAGCGACGGCCGUUUGUGGUUUAUGCAAAGAAUAUCAACUACAUGACCAGUAUAAAAUUGUCAAAAUUGAAGAACAUUUAUACGAUGGGCUCUUAAAACAUAACGGAGGUUUGGCUAGCGCUGUCGGUAAUAUGUUAACUUAUGAUGGGACAACAAACAUGAUGAUGUUUUCCAAUAACUUUACGUCCGAACAGAAGAUUGCAGAACAAUUAUCUCUCAAUCUAAACAAUCUAAUCGAUGGCAUAUUUGAAUAUAGGUUUGUCGUAAAAACUAAGAGGUUUCCGAAACUUAACUUCGAUUGCACCGACACAGCCAGAGAGUUUCUAAAUAAACUAAUCAUCUACGAAACACAAAGUAACCAUUGGAAGGUUGAGGAAAUUUUAAAAGAAAAAAUUCAGGAACAUCUCGUAACCGAUUUACGGGAUUAUGUAAUGAACUGUAGUAAUAAAGGUGUAUCAGUGUUCUUGCAUUACCACGACGAAAUACGCAAGUGGUGGAUGUCACCGACAACUGGCACGUAUCUGAACAAAACGACCAACUUGUACGAACAAGCAAUAUGUAAUAUGCAAGCAGAACCACUCAUCAGUGAUUUACAGACAACUUUUUAUAUAAGUAGGGCAAAAUAUUUUAAAAUCAGUUUUACUAAAAAUGCCAUGAAAUUUACGGAACUAUCAGAACUACCCUCUAAACUGUUCGUAACUACAGAUACAGUUGCACUGACGACUGUGAAAGUGGUUCAGUGUUUAAAAAGCUAUUUCUUGAUCAACAAAUUCGCAGUGUUAGAUGUUGAAUUUGUGUUGAAUAUGCCCAUUGCAGACUUUGACAGAUUGAAUGAGGAGAUAAGAAUGACAGAGAGAGUGCUAAUUAUUAUGUGGCAUAAAACCCAGAAUUAUGGUGAAUUAGAUUAUAAUAGAUUGUCUACAUUUGCACUAGCAACUGAAGAUAAACAAUCAGUUGUUAUAAUAAACAGCGAGUUAAGGGAAAUAAUAAAAAAGUUUUUCAGAGCACGAGAUGUGUUUUUUCAUGAUACGGAAACUCUGUCGAAUAUAGAAUCAGAAAAAGAGAUACUGAAACAGGCAAAAGUAGUAUUUCAAGGCCAAAAAGUCACUUUAGAUAAAAUAUUAGACGACGAGUCAGUAUCAUUCGUCAGAGGUGUCAUACUUGAUACAGUAAUACGCAAUGAAACUAUAAAUAUUGGUGAACCUCUCAGUAAUGUACAAUAUGAAAAAGACAAGGAUUUCUAUGUGGACAGGAGUGUUCGCCGCCGUGAUAAAACGGAUGACUACAUUGAUGAUAACGCUUCCAGUAAUCAUAAAUACAUUAAUAAUGAAACUGUAUUUAAUGUCAAUACAUAUUUCGAUAUACCAAGCGAUGUGGUGCUUCUAACAGCCGCACCAGGUAUGGGCAAAUCGACCCUACUCACCCACGUGUCACUUAACACCAUGAAGCAUGAUGAUAAAAUUUGGAUAGUUAGAGUAGACCUGAGAGAUUACUCUAACGAGUUUAACGAAUGGAAGGAAUGUAAAGUAGUGGUUGAUGCUUUGAAAGCUUUGAACUUAUUGUGUCAAGAUGUAUUAAGAAAUAAUACGAUAUCGUUUAAUAUCAAAAUAACAGGCGGUGAAGCCUAUCUAGUGAGCUGUAUAGACAACAAAUUGGCUCAUUUUGAAUUGAGCAUUUUCUUGCACUUUUAUAAUCAAAGGAGAGUGAUAUUCGUAUUUGACGGUUUUGAUGAAAUCUUUUGCUACAAGCAUAAAGUUCUAAGUUUUCUUUCUGUGGUCAAAGAUGAUCUUCGGAAAUGCAAAAUGUGGGUAACUAGUAGACCGUACAGUGACAUCCUGCCGGAUCUAGAAACAGUUUUAGGUAGAAGCUUUCAAUUAAACCAUUUAUCUUUUACCGAGCAGGAAAUUUAUUUAACACGAUUCUGGAAUCAUAAAAUAUUAUUACAGAAACCAAGUGAGGAACAACUCAAAAUUUUACGAACAUUCUUAGACAACACAAGAGAGUCUAUAUCUAAGGAACCAAAUUGGGUUCGUAUAAUCUAUAGUGUUUUUGUAAGUACUGUUGGACCAUUGGUUUUUCCAACAAUGUCCGAUGCUGAGAAAGAUGAAUUAAACAAAAUAUUGAAUUUUGCUCGGACGAUACAUCCGAGGCAGAAAGACAAUGUUGUCUUUGAGUUAUCAGGAAUUCCGUUGCUUUUAUAUUUCCUGGCUGAUUAUUUUGUAAAUAUAGUAUAUUGUGCCACAAAUCGCAAUAAAGCUAUUUUAGAAUUUAACCUCCAUAAUAUUUAUGAAAUGUUUAUAGACAAUAAACUUAAACUAAAUCUUUUCAAAGAUAAAAUUAAAGGUCUAACAUUAACAAUAAUAAGGGAACCGUUGGAAAAAGAACUUCAGGACAUCAUAAGUAUUCACAAAAAACUGGCUGCAUAUACUUUCUACCAAGAUCGCAUUCUUCAGAUGGGUCUCGAAGAACUCAAAGAUAUGAAGCCAUUAAACGAACAAGAGUGGUAUACUGAGCUGAAUAAAAUCAAAAGAAGUUCAGAAAUGAUAAGUCUAAUAUCACACGUAAAUGCGUUCAAUGAGCUGGUGUUUAUAAAUGGUUCCUUGGCAGAAUAUUUCAUUGCUGAGUACGUUUGUGAUAUAAUAAAAAGCGAUAAGUUUAAGUUAUUUCAAAAAGUUCUUUGGUAUUGUGCCAUAAGUCAAGUUCGUUAUACGGCUAUCGGAGACUUGAUCGAAAGGAAAAAGGAAGCAGACCCAGAACUUCGAAACGCAUUUCUAGAAAUGGAGAAAACUUCACCAAUAUAUAAAACUGAAUAUCGUGCAUAUUUGAAAAGAGAAAGCAUAUCGCAGCACCAGUACAUCAGAAUAUUAGCUUCGUCAAUUAACGAUUAUGAAGAUGGGUGUUUCACUGAAUAUGCGGAAAAGUUUAAAAUGAAUGACUUUAAUAAGUUAAAAAAUAACGUUAAAUGUGGACUAAUUGAAUAUUUUACUAAUUAUCUUGUCUGUAAAAUGAAGCCUCAGCUCAAACAACAUUUUGGAGGAACACCUUUGUUUUAUUAUCGAGGUCCCGACUCUAGCUUUGUUAGAUAUUUUAACUCAGUCAAAAGUAUGGAUGAAAUCGACGGGAUCCUCCUCGAGCUAAAAGUAAGUAGACAAAAGCGAUUUCUCCCUCUCUUGAUGCUCCUUACUCCCCAAGAUCAUUGUGGUACCUCCCAAUUAUCAAAUAUUGAGAGUAUGAGUAAGAACUGCCAGAAGCGUCCUACAGAUGACAUUAUUCAAACAGAUUUUGUAUAUUUACUGUUGAACCCUGGUUACCCUGGAACCCUAAGCCAUACAAGUGACCCAAGUUUUUCAAGUGAAAUAUUUAAUUUCUUAAGCACUACGAGCACAAUUGGUAAUCGGUUGCAUUACACCGAAGAAAAUGUACAAGAAAUCGCAGAAAAAAUUAUAGAAAAAGAGCUAAUCGAGUUAGCUAGAGUUCUUGAAACUUUUUUAGAGCCAACGAUAAAAAUAUCAAAAGAUAUGAGUUUCUAUGAGUACGUGGAAAGAUAUCAUGUUUUUCUAAGGCAACAUGUGUUUGACGUCACCGAUAUUCAAACAGAUGAAAGUGAUUCUGAAGUCAAAUGGCGGACUGUUACAUUUCGAGACGAGUUCUUCGACACUAAAGACAUACAUAUUGAGUUUUUGAGAAAUUGUUUGUUGGAACAAAUGCUCCGUAAAAAGAUGCAUUUUUUUUUGAAAAGUGAAUUUUGGCCAAAUCAACUGAUAUCAUUUUUCUUUUCUGAACCGUCUGUUGCUACAUUAACCCUUUUGCUUGGUGCUUGUGUUGUCGACUGUGAAGAUAAUAAGUUGAAGUUCCUUGUUGAGCGACCUGGCAGUGACGUAGAACAGUUGCGAAAUAUUAACAUUCCACAGUCCACGAUCAACGAAGCGAAGCUCGCAGUCAGGACAGCCACUGUGAUAUACUUGCGCUCUCUACACCAGAGAGAACCUAUUGAUUUUGGUAAUAUUGAUUUACCAUCUCAAAGUUUAAACGAUCAUCCUCCUAGAGAUGUUGAGAUGAAUAGUGAAACCUUGAAGAGCGCUAUUGUAAAAUUGUGUGAACAAAGCACACCACGUAAAUUGGUCACGGUCGAUGACUCUCUCGACGAGUCAUUGUUGACAGCCUUGGCCAAUUGCGUUGGCAACAUUCUUAUUUGCGAUGAGGAAACAGAGAUGCUCAAGGUUCAAUAUUUGGAUCAACUCACACCAGCUCAGGAGAACGCUAAAUCUUUAUACCUUCAACUAUCUCGUGAAAUCGACAAUCUGCAUGAGUAUAGGUUUCAUGUAAGAACUGACAAAAUACCCAAAUGUCAACUCGAUUUUAAGAAUUUUGCCAGAGACUUUUUAAAGAGGCUGAUAAUUUUUGCCGAAGAAAGUAUCGAUUACGAGAUUGAGAAAAUUGUUUUUAAAAAGUUUAGGAUUGGCCCCUAUAUAAAAUUUUAUGACAGUUUUAUCACACUAAACUUGGUGCGUCUGCAUAUCCACAGUCAAGUACUAAAGUGGUGGAAGGCAUCAAACUCAGGCGAAUAUGACACCAAACCGUGCGAUUUGUAUCAACUAGCAUCGAAAAAUGUUAAUUUGGAACCGGCAAUAAGUGAAAUGCAUGCUUCAUUUUAUUUUAAAAACUUAAAGUAUUUUAAAUACAUGUUUAAUGAAAAUGUUACAAAAUCAAAAUAUAUAGAACUAGGAGUAGGUUCUAAACUGGUGGUGGUCACAGAAACGGUUAUCUUGACAACUAUAAAAGUACUACAGAGUUUAAAGAGCCGUGGCUUCAAUAACGAGUUCACGGUCCUGGACUUAGAGCACAUGCAGAGCACGUUCCCAAACAUGACAGACCUCUCAUUGUUCGAAGAGUUAAGGAUCACUACAAAAGUUCUGAUUGUGGUGUGGACACAGAUGUACGACGAUGAUAUAUUGCACGAGCUUUCACAAUUAUUCAAGCACAAACGUAUGGUAAUUAUAGCAAACAACGAGUUCAGAGCAAGGGUCGAAUCAUGUGGUGAGUGGUUGGAUGUUGUGUUCUAUAACGAAGUAGAGAGUUUGGCCUUAAUACAGUCACACAAGGAGAUAAUGAGAGAUACAAAAGUAAUAUUUCAAGGCCGAAACGUCACUUUAGAUGAAAUUAUUGACGACGAGUCUGUUACAUAUGUUAAAGGCGAUGUGUUGGACAAGGUGAUAAGUAAUGACAUCUUACACAUCGGCAAACCCUUCAGCAAUCCACAGUACAAUGAACUUAAAGAAUCUUUGGUCGACAGCAGAGUAAGUUCAGUUCUGAGAGCCGAUGAUGAGUACCAAUUUCCUAUUGAAAAUAAGAUAAUCAGAAAGUUUCACGAUAUCGUAGAUGAUGUAGUGCUGGUAACAGAUCCAACGAGAAUAGACAAGUCGGCAUUAAUCACUCACCUAGCGCUUAAAACAGAAGAGCACGAUGGGAAACUUUGGAUAGUCAGAGUCAACUUUCCAGAUCACGUAGAACAAUUUGACAGAUGGCAGGAUGAAGACACAGCCGUGGAUGAUUUGGAAUCAUUAAAGUUUCUGUGCCAAGUUACAAUGAACUAUAAAUUGACAUCGUUUGAUGUAGCACUCACAAAAGACAAAGCGCAAGUAGUGAGUUGUGUGGGCGAUGCUGUAGCUGCUUUUGAACUAAACUUAUUCGUACGUUUCUAUAAUGAGAGAAGAGUAAUAUUUGUAUUUGACGCAGUUGACGAAGUCGGUCCUUAUUGCAGAGACAAGGUUGUCACGUUCCUGACAGUUGUUAGUACUCGUCUUCGUAAAAGCAAAAUGUGGGUAACCUGCAGAUCGCUCAGUGAUAUCCUGCCAGAGCUGGAGAGAGUCUUAGGGGAAGGCUUCGCAAUUAUAAGUUGUAACGACUAA